AUGUCCGCGCAGUCCCAGGGCAGCGCGUCCUCCUCCUCGUCGCCGUCUGAGGGGCCGCCUGCCGCCUCCAAGGCCAAGGUGAAGGAGCAGAUUAAGAUCAUCGUGGAGGACUUGGAGUUGGUGCUGGGGGACCUCAAAGACGUGGCCAAGGAACUUAAGGAGGUUGUUGACCAGAUUGACACUCUGACAUCUGACCUGCAGCUGGAGGAUGAGAUGACGGACAGCUCCAAGACAGACACGCUGAACAGCAGCUCCAGCAGCACCACGGCUUCCAGCUUGGAGAAGAUCAAGGUGCAAGGUAGCACACCGCUCAUCAAGCCCCCCGCGCACCCCUCCGCCAUCCUCACCGUGCUGAGGAAACCCAACCCCCCACCUCCGCCACCACGGCUGACUCCCGUCAAGUGCGAUGAGCCCCCAAGACCGCUUCCUUCUGCCAACCCCGUGAAGACAAAUGGAACUCUGCUGCGAAACGGGGGCUUACCAGGAGGGCCAAACCGUGUACCGAAUGGGGAUGUAUGCUGUAUACCCAACAGUAAUUUGGACAAAGUUGCCAUGCAGCCUCUGACGCAUAGACCUGAGAAAGAACGGUGUCCACCGCCAGGGACGAGGGAACGGGUACGAUUUAGUGAAAAAGUGCAGUACCAUGGCUACUGCCCUGACUGUGAUGUUCGAUAUAACAUUAGAAACAGGGAGGUGCACUUGCACAGCGAGCCUGCCCGCCUCGCGGGGAAGCCUCCACACCAGUGCCCUCUGCCGCCUCCUCCACCUCUGCUGCCUCCAUUCUCCCUCGAAAAUGGAGGCUUGGGGAUAAGUUCCAGUAAUAGCUUUCCUCCUCCGAGACCUGCAACUGUGCCUCCACAAACUGCAACAAAACCCCAGAAGACCAUCCUGAGGAAAUCAACCACCACAACAGUGUGAUGUAUGCCACUUGAAGAAACUAUAUUUUUUCCUAUAUAUAAACAUAAAUAGGUAAUGAGCACUUUCUACUCAAGCAAUAAAAAGUCCUAAUAUGUUACUCC